AUGCUUGCGAGAUUGCUUCAUGGUAUAAAUACCCCUCCGACUAGUGGUGACAUUGCCAGAACGUUUCGUCUCAUUCGAAAAUUCUUUGAAACAUGUCUCGCAAGGCUCAACAAUCUGAAAGCUACGAAGUUGGAGACCGCGUUGAAUAGUAUGCAUGCGCGUAGGAACAUGAAUGUUGAUUUGACCUCUUAUAGUUAUGCAAUUGGAGGAGCGACCGGCGGAAAUGAACAGUCUACUACGGUCGGCGAGAUUUGCGAUAUUUUGACGGAGAGAGCUCCUGCAGGAGAUACUGGCGUCAAUGUUCGCGCUUCUGACGAGAAUCCGCGCUAUGUGAUCAAGAAUUCGAACACUGGCAAGGAAACGGCAUACAAGGCCGAUAAUAUCAUUCGCAAGGUCAAUUACUAUGCCAUCGGCGGUCGUGGUGGUGCCAAUGAGAACUCGUCCACCACGGGUGAAAUCACCGACGUGCUGACUGAGACUGCGCCGGCUGGCUCGACUGGAAAUACGGUCAAGGCCUCUGCCGACGACCCGCGCUACGUGAUCAAGAACGACAAUACAGGCAAGGAAACCGCGUACAAGGGCGACAAUAUCAUUGGCAAGGCGGGCGACAAGGCGUGA